AUGAAGAUCUUGUGGUGGCUGCACUGGUCGUUCGACCACAUUCAACGGCAGCUUCCUCGGUACAGGGGGUCAAUCCCUGGCCGUGCUCCCAACCUGAACCGCAACAGGGAGAGAGGCCACGCCCUGCUCUAUGCCGAUUACUUUUCCAACACCCCGCUCUUCAAGCCGGAUAAAUUCCGUCGCCGUUUUCGAAUGGCAAGGCAUGUGUUCAAUCGUAUCCGAGAGGGAGUGGUUGCUCAUGACCCAUACUUCGAGUGCAAGACGGAUGCCCUUGGCAAGCUUGGAUUCUCCUCUUACCAGAAAUGCACCGCAGCCAUCCGCAUGCUUGCAUAUGGAAUUCCAGACGAUCUGGUGGAUGAGUAUGUGCGUAUGAGUGAGACAACAUGUCUGAUGUCAAUGUACAAGUUCUGCCAGGCUGUGAUCGAGGUGUUUGGCCCGGAGUACUUGAGGCAGCCAACUGCCGCUGAUACAGAGAGAUUGUUGGCGACCAACGCAGCUAGAGGCUUUUCAGGCAUGCUUGCCAGCAUAGAUUGUAUGCACUGGGAGUGGAAGAACUGUCCAUUUGCUUGGCAGGGCCAGUACAAGGGGCAUGUCAAGGCGUGCACUGUCAUAUUAGAAGCGGUGGCUUCGCAUGAUCUUUGGAUAUGGCAUUCUUUCUUCGGCAUGGCAAGUUCUCACAAUGAUAUCAACGUGCUGCAGCGUUCUCCAGUCUUCGCAAGGCUUGCAGAAGGCCACUCCCCACCUGUCAACUUUGAGAUCAACGGCCACCAAUACAACAAGGGAUACUAUCUAGCUGAUGGUAUAUAUCCUCAGUGGUCAACUUUUAUGAAGACAAUCUCGAAACUCCAAGAUGAGAAGAGAAAGAGAUUUGCCCAAAUGCAAGAGAGUGCUAGAAAGGAUGUGGAACGUGCUUUUGGUGUGCUUCAAUCCCGGUGGGGUAUCGUUCGAAACCCUGCACUGUCAUGGGAUGAAACGAAGCUUUGGGAGAUGAUGACUGCUUGUGUGAUCAUGCCAACAUGA